AUGACAUACACAAUCCUCGCCAUCCUCUACCGCAAGCCGGGCCUAACCCCAUCCCAGUUUAAAUCCUACUACGAAAUCACCCACGUCCCCCUCGUAAGAGAAGUAACUGGGUCGCAUUUCCCAACCGUCUAUAAACGCUCCUAUCUCCCUCGUGCUCAUAUCCAUGGGCAGGGUGGUAUCGAUGAGACAGACGCGGAUGCAGAUACAUCGAACACCGCCUACCAAGCCACCACAGCCUUAGCCGGCAGCCCCUCAGAUUUCCAAUUCGACGUCGUCACGGAGAUGGUCUUCGAGGACGAACCUCAUUUCAGGGCAUUCCAGGUCGCGCUGGAUAAGAGCAGCGAGCGGGUUAAAGCUGAUGAGGCCGCCUUUUUUGAUACGAGUAAGAUUCAUGUUACGAAGAUUGAUGGGCCAUUCAUUUGUGGCCUGGAGCAAGUAGCAAGUAGCGAGUGA